CACCUUUCCUCGGUGUCCCACACUCUCAUUCUCUGUCCCUUUCUUUGCUCUCUCGUACUCUCCUCUUGGUUUUUAGUUUUGUCAAAUCUCUCUCACUGUCUCACUUUGCUUUGGGUUCCUGCACUCUUUUAAUCUCUGGCAUUACAGUCCAGAUUGUUUUUGUUGUUGGGAUCUGUGCUUCUUCCAUAAACUGCAUCAUCGCUAUUGCUAUUCUUCACUUCUGUUCUCUGCCUUCUUUUAUGGUCUUGGAGUAAGCUGGCAGUAAGAAGGCUAGAAAACCCAGAAUUUUUUUGGUCUCUUAUUCUGGGUUUUCCUUACCUUUUGCAACUUUCAGAUUUAUAGAUCAUGGGUUUUCCUUCUCAGCUCUAUUUAUGUUUGCAUUUGUUCAUCUUUUUGGGAAUUUGUCUGGCUUCUCCUCUUGGAGAUCAAAAGAGAGACAGGAUCACCGAUUUGCCAGGACAACCAAAGAAUGUGGGUUUUGCUCAGUACUCGGGCUAUGUGACAGUGAAUAAGGAGUCAGGGAGGGCAUUGUUUUAUUGGUUGACUGAAGCACCACCAAGUCGUGGACCCAAGUCAAGGCCAUUAGUGUUAUGGCUUAACGGCGGUCCUGGAUGCUCCUCUGUUGCUUAUGGGUCCUCUGAAGAGAUAGGACCUUUUCGCAUUAGGCCUGAUGGGAAGUCACUGUACUUGAAUCCUUACGCUUGGAACAAACUGGCAAAUUUACUGUUCCUUGAUUCUCCCGCUGGUGUUGGCUUUUCAUAUACGAACAAAACGUCGGAUCUGUUUACAAUGGGAGAUCGCAGAACAGCUGAAGAUGCAUAUACAUUUCUUGUUAAUUGGUUUAAAAGAUUUCCGCAGUAUAGACAUAGAGAAUUCUACAUUGCUGGAGAGAGUUAUGCUGGUCACUAUGUUCCUCAGUUAGCUCGGAUUAUUUACCAGCAAAACAAGGGUAUCAAGAAUCCGGUUAUUAAUUUUAAGGGAUUUAUGGUUGGAAAUGCUGUUACUGAUGAUUACCAUGAUUACAUUGGUACAUUUGAGUACUGGUGGACUCAUGGCUUGAUUUCAGAUUCCACCUAUAGGAUGCUGCGAAUUACCUGUACUUCUGGGUCCUCCCUGCAUCCAACAUUGCAAUGCAUGCAGGCCCUCAGAGGGGCAGUUGUGGAACAGGGGAACAUUGAUCCAUAUAGCAUCUAUACACGGCCAUGCAAUAACACAGCAUCACUUAGACAUGGCUUGAGGGGUCGCUACCCAUGGAUGUCUCGAGCGUACGAUCCCUGCACAGAAAGGUUUGCAGACUUAUACUUCAAUCGUCCAGAAGUUCAGAAAGCACUGCACGCCAAUACAACAGGGAUUAGUUAUUCGUGGAAGUCGUGCAGCGACAUUGUUGGGAAUUAUUGGGCGGAUUCUCCACUAUCUAUGCUUCCUAUAUAUCAUGAACUCAUUCAUGCUGGUCUCAGGAUAUGGGUGUACAGUGGAGAUACAGAUGCUGUGGUUCCAGUAACUGCAACUCGAUAUUCUAUUGAUGCCUUAAAGUUGGCUACCAUCGUCAACUGGUAUCCUUGGAAUGAUAAUGGCAAGGUUGGAGGUUGGAGCCAAGUUUAUAAAGGCCUUACGUUGGUUACAGUCACGGGAGCAGGGCAUGAGGUUCCUCUUCACAGGCCUCGCCAAGCAUUUAUUCUUUUCAGGUCAUUCUUGGAGAACAAGUCCAUGCCUAGCUGAAUAACACAGGAAGCAUACACAACCAUUCAUAGUACUCCCAAACGAAAUAACACCCAUCAUUCAUUUACAUACGACGGGGCUGAAAGACACGCGAUAAGGAAUGCAUUCCUCAUGAGUUCCCUCUUGCCUCUCAGCUGCCUACAAAAAUUAGACCAAGCUCUUUCCUCAAUGUUUGAAAUAUGUAGAAUAUUCAUGUGAAUUUUAUUCUUUAUAAGGUUUCUAUUAAUCAUUAUAUGAAAUGUGUGGGCCAUUCUAUGCAACGAACGUCCGGCAUAAUACUGCUC